AUUCUAUGAUUAGGUUAUAGAAUUCUUAAAUUUAUCAUUGUAAAUCACAGAGAGCGCAUCAAACUUUCGAUUUCUUAAUCGGUAAUUCAGAACAGGACUAAAUUCUAUAAAAUAGUGAAUCUAUAAAUUCAUACAUCAUCUGUAAAUUCUGUUAGAAUCAUUCGAAUUUUGAUCGUGUUACCAACUGAAAGAUUUAUAAAAUUGAAAAAGCCGGACAUGGCAGUUGCAACGAAUUCUUUCGAUGAUUGGCUUAGCAAGAAAUUACAAGAUUUAAAAACUGACGAAGGUAUAUUUGGCUCAUACAUCAAAGGAAUUUUACAAGGUGAUGAAACGGAAGAAGAAAAAAUUGAAGCCCUUGAAGGCAUACUUACGGGCAUAACGGAAGAUGACAUCAAUAAUCAUGUAACGGAAAUUUUAAAAGUUUGGGAAGAAAGCCUACCCAAUAAGGAGAAGCCUGGUCCAAAAGUACCAGUAGAAGAUGUAGAUGUUAGAUUAGCGCGAAUGUUGGAGUCUCAAUCUCUUCCAACUACAACACAAAGAAGUUAUACAGAUGAAGAAAAAAAAAUAAGAGAAGCUAUUCUUGCACAAUAUAGUCAAAUGUCAGAAGAAGAGAAUAGUGAAGGAGAUGGAGAAGAAGAUGGAGCAAGUGGUGGAGAUUGUGGAAUAGAGAAAAAUACAAAUGCAGCUGCAAUAAUACAACAAGAAAAAGAAAAAAGGGAAAAAGCUAAAUUGGAAAGUCAAAGAAAAAAGGAGAAAGAUAAAGAAGAUCGAGAAAAACAGAAACAAUUAAGAGAGGAAAAGAAGGAAAAACGAAAAACACAGAAGGGAGAACGAAGAAGGUAGCAUUGGGAUUACAAGAUUUUAAGUUUUAUCACAAGAUUUAAAAUAAUCAAAUGCAAAUCAACAUACAUAUACAUUUAGUUUAUUCUUAUGCAUGUAUUCUAAUAUCUAUUUAAAUCAUUUAUUAAUCCUUUAUUAGAAAUUUAUCUCUGUAGAAUGCAUAUCUUACAAAAACACAAUAUCACAACAUAUGUGUAUUGCUAAAAGAAGUUAAUUGUAUGUAUAAUUGUAAUAAUGUUAAUAAUAUUAUAUGUAUAUGUAUGUAACAUUGCAUCUUGUGCCUUCUAUCUGUUGAAAAUCUCUGUGAAGCAAUGAAAUUUUUUCGAAAAUAAUUUUCUAUUUCUUUUUUUUUUUAUUCUUUUUUUAUUCUUUUUUUUAAAUUAAAAUUGAGUGGACUCUGUGUGAUCUUCAUUCAACUCAUAAUCAUAUUAGUUUUAUUUACAUCAUUUUUUUUUCAAUAUAGAAUGGUAUUAUACUAAU